AUGGUUAUCUCUUCAUCACAACAUUUUAUACUGCUAACCAUUUUCGCAUAUUAUGUGGCAGCAUUUUGCCCAAAUCUUGAUUCAUGCACCUGUGAUGAUAAACCUGAUGGAUAUUAUAUCGAAUGUAGAGGUCUUAUCGAUGUAUCCUUGUCUGAUAUUAUACAAUCAUUAGGUAGACGACAAGUACAAAGGCUUAUGGUCACUAAUGCUUCAUGGCCGGUACUUGAAGAACUGCCAUCAGCCAAUAUACGGUCUCUCCAGUUAAUCUCGUGCGGUAUAAGGAAAAUUAUGAAUGCAACUUUCGCCAAAUUAGCAGAUAAUUUGGAACACCUAACAAUUACCAAAAAUAUGCUCACAAAUAUGACAUUGCUUGGUUAUUUAUCAAAGUUAAUUUCGCUCAAUCUCAAUUAUAAUCAGUUAACAGAUUUAUCAGAUAAUACAUUGAAAGGUGCUGAAAGUCUACGGCAUUUACGUCUUGAAGGGAACAAAAUUUGCUCACUUUCAAGUAAUUCAUUACUGGAUAUCAAGAACAUACUGGAAUUACUGGAUUUGAGUGAUAACUGCCUUAGCAAUAUACCGGCGCAAAAUCUAAGGAAUUGUAUCCGCCUCAUGUAUUUGGAUUUAUCCCAUAACGCCAUCAAGGAAAUUGCUAAUUUCGAACUUAUGAAUUUACCAUUACUCAAGGAACUACGAAUAAAUAACAAUCAAAUAAAUUACAUAGCACCGAUGGCAUUCAUGAAUGUACCACUUCUUGAACAUCUAUACUUAAAGAAUAAUUUAAUUUCUUCUAUUGAAACGGAACGUCUUUUCCAAGUCUUCGAAAAUCUUGAAGUUCUGGAUCUGUCUCAAAAUAUGCUUACUAAGGUACCAUCAUUCAAAGAAUUAUCUAAUCUACGACAGAUUCAUCUCAAUCACAACAAAAUCUCAAAAAUUGAGACACUUGCAUUUAGUUCCAAUAGAAAGCUUCAGCUUGUCAGCUUACAGAGCAACCAAAUUACAGCGAUGUCACGGAACAGUUUCGAUUCAUUGGAUGAGCUUGUUGUUCUCAACUUAGCUAAUAAUGCAAUCAAGAAGAUUGAACGCGUGAUGCUCGAUGGAAUGCGAAAUUUGCAACAACUUAAUUUACGAAAUAAUUCACUUAGUGUGUUGGAAAAUUUAACGUUUACAUCAGUUUCACAAAUAACAAUUCUUGAUCUGGCACACAAUGGUAUCCAUACAAUUGAGAAGAAUGUAUUCACCCCGCUUAAGGAUAUGUUCUGGCUCGACCUAUCAUCUAAUCUCAUCAAAACAUUGCAAAAGGAUAUCUUCAAAGAAAAGAUAGCUAACAUUUUGCUAAAUGAUAAUCCACUUUACUGCGAUGAAAAAUUGGACUGGCUGGUGAGUUAUUUGGUGGGAAAUCAGGUGCGAACCUUCUUACCCCAUCAGACCGAGGUACUGUGCGCUGGACCGGGAAAAUAUACCGGUGUUCGACUAAAAGAACUGAUGAUUGUGAAAGCCAAUGAAACAAUGAGCAAAGCAAGGCAUACGUUUUAUGAAAACGAUCUAAGUGAUGUAGCAUCUACACAGCCGACAAGUCUACUCGAUAUGGCAUCAAUUGGUGUUUUCACCGACACUAUCUCCUCAAUUCAAAAUAUCCCCGGUAUCAAUUACUUACCUAAUGUAAAAGGAGAGCGCACUCUUGAUGCCCAAAAAUUUAACAAUGCUAUUGAACAGCUUUCUUCACCACUGCAUCGUGCUGCAACUGGGAAACAAUCAGGACCAGCGGAUAUUGAACAAUAUAUACAGACUAUUCCGAAUUUAGUUGUUAACGUACCCGGCGUAGGUGACGUCGACAUAAGCAAGGUUCCGCCAGGUAUAGUAGCAUAUGUGUUGCGAGGUGGACAAAUUCCGGGCUUACCUCCAGAAACUCUGGACAAGAUUAAGAAGGAGUAUCUCAAACGCACAUCAGAGACCGCCAAACGCGGAAAACUUGUGACCGCUGAAUCCCAUUAUUUACCAUCACCGGAAACAAUACCACAGGCACAUGCAACUCAAAUAAUGCAAGAAGUUGAUUUGUCAUAUCCUGACCGACAACAAACACAAAACAUACAGAUGGGGAUAAGUAGUGUUCCGGAUCAGUUGGAAAACUUAUCAUUGGAAAAAUCGAAAGGUUUAUCAUCAACAGUAAUAGAAGUGAUGAGGAUGUUGCCAGCCGGUUAUAAUAUCAGCAAGAUACCAAAACGGGUGAUUGAUGCUCUAUUCCGCGGCGAGAUACCCGAUUUUACGCUACUUCCCAGUGAACUUCAACAGCACCUUUUCAGAGAUGGACAUAGACUGAUUGCUGCGUUGUCCACCGAUGCUAAUAAGACAGUGGAAGAAAUACUACACAAUUUGCCGACAUUCAGACGUCCAAUAAAGCCUACUUUCAUUCCAUACGACAUCAAUGAAGUAACGAACGAUCUUACCCAAACUAAACAACGAGCUGAGAAAUUGGUUCGGGUCCAGUAUUACACUGCUUUAUUACUUGGUUUUGUUGGAGCAGCUUCUGUAGCAGUCUUGGGUUUAAUAUGUGUAUAUAUGAAACGAAAACGCCUAGGAGACACAGAAACAAACAUCGAUGAAGAUUCACUAGUGAAUCCGAGUCAAAUGCCACAACCACAACAAUCAACAAGUGGAUCAAAGAUAGAUACUCCUCUUACAAAACAUCAUCAGCAUCUUUCAGGAAGCUCUCGCACGUUUAAAAUUUAG